AUGUCUAGACGUCAUUCUCAGAGAAUUAGUGACUCUGAGGAACAAACUACUCUCAAUGACAUUGCAAAACAACUCAGAGAGCUAACUCAGUGGAGAAUUGAUACUGAUAGAAAAAUUGAACAUGCGCAACAAGAUAGAGAAAGACAAAUUACCAUCCUUCAAGAUGAGUUGACAAUCAUGAGAGAUGAGCAAAGUCGAGCUAAAGGAAGUAGGAGUUGGGAGUCCAACCAUGAGAGAGAAGGUUUCCGAGUAGGAGACUACUAUGAAGAACAUUCUUCUUCAAGAAGGCAUAGGCGAGAACCUCACGAACCCCCUCCUCCUAGGGAAGUCAACAUUAAUUUGCUUCAUUUUUAUGGAAAAGAUGAUGUAGAAGCCUUUCUAGAUUGGGAAAUGAAGGUGGAGCAACUUUUUUCUUGCCACCAAAUUAGUGGAGAAAGAAAAGUUCCUUUGGCUACCCUCAGCUUUCAAGGGUAUGCCAUGUAUUGGUGGACUGCCAUAGUUGAGGAGAGACGGCGCCACAAUAACCCUCCAAUACAAUAUUGGAAUGAUUUGAUAAAUGCCCUUAGGAGGAGACAUAUUCUCUCCUAUUACCAUAGAGAACUCAUGGAUAAGCUCCAAAGAUUACAACAAAAAUAUAUGUCUGUGGAACAAUAUAAACAAAAGAUGGAGCUAUACAUGUUAAGGGCAAAAAUUGAAGAAACAGAUGAACUCACAAUGGCCAGAUUUUUUAGUAGGCUCAAUUUUGAAAUUAGAGAUCGGGUUGAACUACUACCUUAUAUAAAUUUGGAUAGUCUUGUUCAAAUGUGUAUCAAGGUAGAACAACAAAUUUUGCAAAAAACUUCUACUAAAAGGGGUCAUAUCCCUGCUCAAUGUCCUACCAAAAGAACAAUCAUCUUAAGAGGUAGUGACAUCUAUAGCAGUGAAAGUGAAUCCCCCACCAGUGAGAGUGAGAAUGAGCAAACAGAAAAAGAGGAAGCAUUUGUUGAAGAGGGUCAACUUCUCAUGCACAGGCUGGUUGAAAAACUAAAUCUUGUUGUGAUACCCCAUCCAAAACCUUACAAACUUCAUUGGCUAAAUGAAGAUGGGGAUAUAACAGUUAAGAAUCAAGUUAAAUUGGAAAUUUCUAUUGGGAACUUCAAAGAUGAAGUUAUUUGUGAUAUAGUUCCCAUGGAAGCUUGCCAUGUGCUAUUGGGGAGACCAUGGCAAUUUGUUCAUAACACUACCCACCAUGGUCUCACCAAUAUCAUAACUAUGCACAAGGAUGACAAGAAAUUUGUGCUUCAUCCUUUGUCACCUACCCAGGUGGCCAAAGAUCAAGCAUAA